GGGUUUUAAGAAACCCUUCAAAAUGCCUCCACCCGACAAACUCCCUUCUUCUCUGAUUAAACCCUUUUUUUGGAAUUCAAAAUUGCAUCAAUCCCUCCAUCGUCUCUCAACCUGAAAUGAAGAAGGGGAAGGGGACCAUCGAGCACUGUCAGUCUGUCCUCGACCCCUGUAAGAUCUUAUUGGAUCUUAGAUUUGCCACCAGUAUUCAUGCGAGAAUCAUCAAAACUGGUUUCCAACUGGACCCGUCUGUGUUCAUCUUCUUUGGUUGAAGCUCCGGAAUUUGGUACCGAUCCCCUGUUUGGGAAUUUAAUUAUCGAUGGUUAUAUGAAGAGUGGAGAAUUUGACAAUGCAAAUAGGGUGUUCAAUCAAAUGUCGCACAGGAAAGUGGGUUUCUUGGAACUUAAUGAUAGCUGGUGCUGUUAGAAAUGGUCGCCCAAAAGAGGCAUUGAUUGUAUUCCGUCAGAUUCGUGUCUUGAAUUUCAGUCCAGAUGGGAUCACCUUCUCAUCAGUUCUCCCUGGGUGCGCCCGAACUGGAGCUGUCCGCGAGGGCAAGCGAUUACAGCAAUUGAUGAUUACAGGGCUAGCGAUUCAAGGGCUUGCUUUGGAUGCGAUGGCGUUGUUCUCUCGAAUGGAAGGCGAAGGUGUUUCACCUGACUCUAUCAACUUCCUUGGAAUCUUGACUGCAAGUAGCCAUUGCGGCCUGGUCGAAGAGGGGCGCCGACACUUCAAUUUGAUCCGAGAAGAGGGUGUCGGCUGGAGGCAUUUGAGGGGUUAAAUGGGUUUGAACCUAAAUUUUCACCACAGAAUUGGAAAGGAGACGGAUCCGAAGUAGAACACCACUUCCCUAAUUCUUAGGAAGUAUAGGCGCUCCAGAGGAUUCAGACCGAGUCGCCACUUUCCUCAGGAAAUUCGCGCAUUCCAGGGAAUACGUACCAUUCACUUUCCUAUUUCUCAGGAAGUAAGCACCAUACGGGACCCGCUAAUUUCCCAUUUCUCAGGAAAUCAGGAGUUAUUUGUUGCUUCCCAGGUUGAAUUACGCUACCAGAAAAGGCUACUCUUCAAGUUCUUUGAACAAGUGCAGAGAGAAAAUUUUUGGUUCUUCGAAGAAGUGAAUGAAGAAGUUGAACGUUUUGAAGCUUCUUUGGCAAGGAAACUAGAAGUGAGCACAUGUAGUAUUGCACAUGACAAAAGAGAAAGAGGAACAAGAAGAGGGGGAGGGGGAGACUGCAACUUGAGAGAAAGAGAAGGUUCAACUAUAUCUAAGGGUGAUAUUGGGACUGGAAUUUUGGUCUAAGGAUUUCUGGUACACCAAGGUGGAAAUGGUUUGUAUUUAGAUGCAAGAGUUUUCUUAGCAUUUUUGCAAAUGGGGCUGCAUCAAUACAAAUUGUGAUACAACUAAAAGGAUUGUAUUGGACCUUCAAGAGCUAAGCGACAAAGUUACAAAUAGAAGAAAAGAAAGUUUGCAAACAUGGAUGCAAAAGAAUCAAAGAAUGAUAUGAACAUUGGGAGUUUUUUUCCACAGUAUUCUACAACCAUUUUUCUCCAUGGAUUUUCUGCUUCUUCACACUUAGUUUUUUUAUUAGUUUUAUCCAUUUUCUGGGCUUACAAGAGGCGCACUAUGGCUACCCUCGAAAAUUCAAAACCCCUGUUGAAGAAUACAUACUUUUUAUACUAUAGAUCAACCCUUGUAUCUUGCAUUUGUCUAUCUUGUUGUGAUCUUCUCCUAUUUAUGUUGAACUCUCUCUCUGGGUAUAAACGUGGUUGGCCUGAUCUAAAGCUUUUUGCCCAAUUCGAUUUUGCAUUUAGAACACUCACUUGGUUUGUGAUCUCUGCUUAUUUGUGCAUCCAUUUUUCUCGUUCAAGUGAUCACAGGUUCCCUAUUCUACUAAGGAUUUGGUGGGCCUUCUACUUCCCAAUGUCUUGUUCCUCUCUUGUUGUACAUCUUGAUUUGUAUUGGAAACAUUUAUCCUUACCAUUCCUUCUAUGGAUCUUCGAUUCCAUAUCCAUUAUUUCUAGUUUGUUCUUUUGUUAUACUGGGUUGUUUGGUAAAAGGAGUGAUGAUAAAGAUCUUCAUCUUUCAAAGCCUCUUUUAAAAAGUAGUUUCAGUCAAAGCAAUGGUGAUGACAGACCAGGAUCAAGUGUCAGUGGAGAGAAUGUAUCUCCUUAUGCAAAUGCUAGUCUUCUAAAUAUGUUUACUUUUUCUUGGAUAGGCCCUUUGCUUGCACUUGGGUAUAAAAAAACUUUGAAUCUUGAAGAUAUUCCUCAGCUAGCUACUUGUGAGAAUGCCGAUGUGGUCUUUGCCUAUUUUGUAAAUAAACUUGAAUCUACUAGUAAUGGCAAUGACAAUGGUGGUCAGGUAAGCACACUCAAGCUGGUGAAGGCAUUGAUUCUCUCAUCAUGGAAAGAAAUUCUAUGGACGACUCUAUUCUCCAUUAUAUGCACGUUAGCUUCGUAUGUUGUACCAAGUCUUAUUAACUCCUUUGUUAAGUAUCUCAAUAGCCCUCGGGAACUAAAAUAUAAAGGCUAUGUGCUAGUGUUUAUUUUCUUUCUUUCGAAACUCAUAUGGUGCAUUUCAGAGAGACAUUUGUUCUUUCAAUUGCGAAAGAUGGCAGUUAAGAUCCGUGCUGCCUUGUUCUCAAUAAUCUAUAAAAAGGGCCUUAGGCUUUCAAGCCAAUCAAAGCAAGGCCACACUAGUGGGGAGAACAUUAAUUUGAUGAGUGUUGAUGUUGAGAGGACUGCACUUUUCAGUUGGUACUUACACAAUAUAUGGAGGGUGCCUGUUCAGAUUGUUUUAGCAUUAUUGAUUUUGUACAAGUAUCUUGGGCUUGCUUCACUUGUAGCUGUUGUUGCUACAAUGAUUUUGAUAUUAGCAAAUGUUCCACUGGGAAAACUACAGGAAAAAUUUCAAGGGGAAUUGAUGGAUUCGAAGGAUCGACGAAUGAAAGUGGCAUCUGAGGCUCUAAGGAAUAUGAGGAUUCUCAAGCUCCAUGGCUGGGAGAUGAAGUUUUUGGCUAAGAUAACUGAGCUCAGGAACUUUGAAAUAAUAUGGUUAAAGAGAUUACUUUAUUCAUCAGCUAUGAUUGCCUUUGUCUACUUGUCUGCACCCAUGUUUGUAUCCAUGGUUACUUUUGGGUUCUGUAUGCUUAUGAGAAUUCCUUUAGAUUCGGGAAAGAUUUUAUCUGCACUUGCAACAUUUGGGAUAUUGCAAAAGCCCAUUUAUAGUCUCCCAGACACCAUAUCCAUGGUAGUUCAAACUAAAGUUUCCCUUGACAGGAUAACAUCAUUUCUACGUCUUGAUGAUCUUAAUCCGAAUAUAGUACAAAAGCUUCCAAGAGAUGGUGCUAAGGUUGCAAUUGAGAUAGUCAAGGGGAAUUUCUCUUGGGACCUUCAUUCCUCUGAUCUCACUUUAAAAGAUCUUAAUUUUCGAGUGUACCAUGGUAUGAGAGUCGCUAUUUGUGGUUCUAUUGGGUCAGGUAAGUCAAGCCUACUCUCAUGUAUAUUGGGGGAAGUGCCAAAGGUAUCUGGAACCAUUAAGUUGAAUGGAACGAAGGCCUAUGUUUCACAAUCACCUUGGAUACAGAGUGGGAAGAUAGUAGACAAUAUAUUGUUUGGUAAGGAGAUGGAUAAUGAAAGGUAUGAAAUGAUCCUUGAAGCGUGUUCAUUAAAGAAGGACCUAGAAUUGUGUGCCUUUGGGGACCAUACUAUAAUAGGGGAGAGAGGGAUCAACCUGAGUGGUGGGCAAAAGCAAAGAAUCCAAAUUGCACGUGCUUUGUAUCAUGAUGCUGAUAUCUAUCUACUUGAUGAUCCUUUUAGCGCUGUGGAUGCUCAUACAGGAACUCAUCUAUUCAAGAUAUCCAUUGAUCAAAGUGCAGUUGAUAUCUCCAUUCCACGACAAACUGAAGAACUUCUUAUCUCUAUCAUAGGAUUCUUGGGAACUGUUGCAGUAAUGUCACAGAUCGCAUGGCAAAUGUUAAUAGUGUUUAUUCCGAUGACUGUGAUAUGCAUCUGGUAUCAGCGAUACUAUAGAGCUGCAGCACGAGAACUUUCACGACUGGCUGGAGUAUGUCAGGCUCCCAUUGUACAACAUUUUGCUGAAUCUAGUUUAGGUUCAACUACAAUCAGGUGUUUUGAUCAAGAAGAGAGGUUUAUGGGUACAAACUUCAAGUUGGUGGAUGGGUAUUCCCGUCCCAAAUUUCAUAUAUCUGGUGCAAUGGAGUGGUUAUGCUUCCGCAUGGAUGUGUUAAUGUCUAUCACAUAUGUCGUUUCUUUGAUUUUCUUGAUCUCAGUGCCUAAAGGAGUACUUAGUCCUGGUGUUUUGGGUUUGGCAGUUACAUAUGGGCUUGAUCUCAGUAUGUAUGGGGUCGUAUGGGAUUUUAGCAUACUUGAGAAUAAAAUCAUUUCUGUCGAGAGAAUACUACAGUAUGCUUGCAUCCCUAAUGAACCCCCACUCUUGGUAGAAGAAAAUAGGCCAGGUCAUGAAUGGCCAUCACAAGGGAAAGUUGAUUUUGUUGAUCUGAAGGUUCGAUAUGCCCCACAUCUUCCUCUUGUCUUGCGAGGUCUCACAUGCACUUUUCCAGGAGGGAUGAAGAUUGGCAUCGUUGGACGAACGGGUAGUGGUAAAUCAACUCUCAUACAUGCUCUUUUCCGCAUGUUUGAACCUGUAUCUGGUCAGAUUUUGAUAGAUGGUAUCGACAUCUCCAAGAUUGGUCUUCAUGACUUGAGGUCAAAAUUGAGCAUCAUCCCACAAGACCCAACAAUGUUUGAGGGGACUCUAAGAAGCAACCUUGACCCACUUGAAGAGUACACUGAUGAACAAAUUUGGGAGGCUUUAGAUAAAUGCCAACUUGGUGAUGAAGUUAGAAAGAAAGAAAGGAAGCUUGAUUCUGCAGUGACUGAGAAUGGAGAGAAUUGGAGCAUGGGUCAAAGACAGUUAGUCUGUUUAGGGCGGGUAUUACUCAAGAGGAGCAAAGUUUUAAUACUUGAUGAAGCUACUGCAUCGGUAGAUACUGCGACUGAUUAUCAAAUUCAACAAACAAUUAGUCAACACUUCUCAGGGUCUACUAUCAUCACAAUAGCACAUAGGAUAACUACAAUUCUUGAUAUCGACAUGGUCAUCCUCAUGGAUAAUGGUCUUGUAUUGGAAUAUGAUUCCCCAGCUAAAUUGCUACAAAUCAAGUCCUCGUCAUUUGCAAAACUUGUUAAGGAGUAUACUCGAAGAUGUAGUUAGUUUUUGAAAGGUUAAAUAAGUGAGUUUUGAAUGUUCAAAGUAAGUGGGCUGCAUUAGAUUGAGGUGCAUUGCUAUUUUGAGUAUGGCAAAAUCUUAUUAGAAGAUCGAGGCUACAUGUAAUCCUUUCAGUUGGCAUUGGCAUUGAGUUGAAGUGAUGGGGGCAGAAAAGAACAUAAGGGGGAGAAUGAGACGUUUUAUUUAUGCAUGUAUAUAAACCUUGAGAGAAGCUUUAGUAUUCUAGCAUUAUCUUUAGAUUGUCACAAAUGUAAGACAUGGCACAUUGGAAGGACUGCAAUUUUGUGGACUGAGUAGAGCCUCAGGUUCUUACUCACAUGUCAAGUUGUAGUUAAAUUGGAGAUGGUUGAAUGGAAAAUUAAAUCUUUGCAAAUC